AUUUAAACAUGUGGAAGGAACGACAACUCUGACAGCUGGGGGAAUGAGAUGUGUUCGGUGGAUAAGGGUUCCCUGAAUGGACGGCGGGCAGCAGCCGUCCUCGGGGCGGUCGUGGCGGACGCUGCCGCUCAGCCACUUCACUGGAUAUAUGACACAAAUAAACUGGACAACCUGAUUAGUCAGACAGAAAACAUUGCAUUCUGGAAGCCUUCUGCCAAUCCUUUUUACUGCAUACCAACAGGUAGACAAAGUGGAUAUGGUGACCAGGCAUAUGUAAUUCUGAAAUCAUUGGUGGAAAAUGAAGGAUUGGAUGUUCGGUCGCUAAAGGAUGCUACCUUUAAAUUCUUUGGACCAGAGUCUGACUAUGAGCACCCAGUGAAUGCUACCUACAAAGAGAAGUCAGAUGCUCAGAAGAACACUUUCCCCAUCAAAGCACCCUGGAGACAUUUCAGCGUGAAAGAGUUUCUAGCUAAUCACAAGGCAGGGAAGGAACAUACAGGGUCCCCAACAGAUGACCAGAUAGACUGUGUUGUUCGUAUCAUCCCAGUGGUAGCCUUGUAUGCUGGUCACCCCAACAUGUUGACCAUAGCUGAGGAGGUGGUACGCAUCACCCAGGAGUCCGACUUCACUGUUGUAGUGGCUCUGUGUGCAGCAAGGAUCCUUGAACAUUUCAUUCUGAAUGGCCCAAGUGAUGGAGUGUUGGAGGAAGUCAUCAAACAAAUGGACAACCCACACAGAGCAAACCCUCAGGAACUGGACAAAGCAAUGGUUGGCAAAAUACGUGAAGUUCUCCAAGGAAAAGAGACCAGCCACAAGAAAAUGGCGAAACAGUUACGAAUAGACUGAGUAAUGCCAGGGUCUUUUCAACUAGCUUUACACGGAGUGGUUGCCCACACUGAUUACACUGCAGCAGUCAAAGCCACCAUUCGCAAUGGUGGCUGUAACAGCUCACGUUCUGGCUUCAUAGGGGCCUGUCUCGCUGCUCAGUAUGGUAUGGAUGUUAUUCCUGAGGACUGGAAGGAGAAGACCCUGAGAUAUCAAGAAAAUGUAGAACUUACACAAGAACUCUGCCAAGUAACACUUGAGUAAAAUGGAGCCAACUACAGUGUAGUCAUCAACAUAACAACAUCAGUGAUGUGGUGUAUGUUACAGAAUUGACAUUUAUGAAGCCAUGCAAAGAACCAGACAUCGGAAUUGACAUCUAUGAGGUUAUGCAUAUUACCUUUAUAACAUCAGUGAUGUCUUGUAUAUUACAGAAAUGGCAUUGAUGAGGUCAUGUAUGUUACCAUGAUGACAUCAGUGAUGUUGUGUAUGUUACAGAAUUGACAUCUAUGAGACAUCAUUGAUGAAGUAUAUGUCAUACCAAUGGUGACAGUAAUGAUAAAUCUGUAGUGAUAUUAUAGGUACAUGUAGUUGUGUUACCAACAAUGCUGACAAACAAUUUUAGAUGGGUAAUAAAUUCAUGCUAAUGAAGGUCACAUCCUAAACUCAAUGAGAAGAUGAUAUCUGAAAUGCUGAUUUUACCUUUUUAAAAAUUGAUUGUUUAAUCUUACAUUUGUAAUGGUCAGUGAUAAAAAUGUUCAAACUGUGAUCCUUUGUAUAUAUAUAAAAAUCAAAAACUGUUUGUAAGUUGUUUUCUUGUCCUACAAUUGCUGGUGCGACUUUGACAUUUACUUGAUGUUAUAAGAUAGUUAAUACAAUGAUAAGGAUACAAUUUUGGUAAACAAAGAAAUCUUACCAGGGUUGGAGAUAAUUGAUUUUACCUAUAUUGUAUGAAUUAAAUACCUCUAAAUACAGUUAUUUUCUAUCCGAUCCAAAUUUUAUUCUAGAUUUCUGUUACAUUUCUGCUGUAUUUACUAAUCUGUGAUGAACCAAUAAUACUAACUAAAGUUCAAGCCCUAAGAAUGUUGUUGAAUGUAUUUCUAUAAUUCUAUUGUAAAAUGCAGCAAUUCAAGUUACAUGUACCUGAUAUAUAGCUACACACCAAUACAUGUGUACUCUGAAGGGUGUUUCUUUUCAAUGGGCCAGAUUUUUGCAUUUCAUGAAAAUUUCUAAUCAAAAUAAAAUCCAUUUUUCAUUUCAUUUCAAAAUUA